AUGCCAACACGUAGCUCAAUAGUUUCUUGCACAAGUGGUUUUGGAGAUAAAUUGUGGAGUAAAUGUGAAGAUAGUCCAGCGAUGAUGUGCAGCCCCGUACCUCUUUUGAUCUUGGCGCUGUCAGGAGUGCUCGCCGCACCGGCCUCCUUAUACUCCGAUGACUUUAUGGAGGUAGUUCCUCAGAAGCGAGCAGCGUUAGUUUUGGACCGGUUGCUGGUUGCUCUUCAAAAGGCGUUGCAUGAAGAGGGGCCACAGCAUUAUGACAAACUCGAUCGCGAUGGACCACGCACUUCACCGCUUAGACUUGAGGAAGAGGAGCUCAACGAUAUGAGAGCGUUACAACGGCGAGGCCAGGGUGGCAAUGGUCGAGGUCGUGUCCUCCGCUGCUACUUCAACGCAGUUACCUGCUUUUAA